AUGCAGUCAACAGCAGAUGCGACAAGGUCGGAAGUCACCGAACGCAAAAUGUGGGAUAUUCAGAAGUCCCUUCCCCCCCUGGUGUUCACAUUCACACGUGUGGAGGCGCUGCGUCGCUGCGUUCUAAGUCGACGGACAUUGACUGCUUUUUCUAUCACAAGAGCGCUCAGUUUGUCAAGUUCGUUGGGCAGAAAUGAAGAAAGAAACAACAAAGAAGUGGCCACUAAAAGCCUAUUUGACGUGAAGGAAAAGAACAAACGUGCGUAUAUCGACAUGAUCCGCAAGUUCAACGAACGGCAAGUGCAAAAGCGAGGGCACGUCGAGUUUAUUUAUGCAGCCAUGAAGCACAUGGAUGAAUUUGGGGUCAGCAAAGACCUUGAGGUGUACAAAGCGCUUAUUGACGUUUUUCCAAAGGGUAAAAUGAUUCCCAGGAACAUGUUUCAAACCGAAUUUCAGCACUACCCAAAGCACCAGCAGUGUGCCAUAGAUCUGCUUCAAAUGAUGGAGACAAACGGUAUCAUACCAGACAUGGAGGUUGAAGUUAUGCUCACAAACAUAUUUGGCAAGACUAGUCACCCCCUCAGAAAGUUCAUGCGUAUGUACUACUGGAUGCCUAAGUUUAACAACCUCUCUCCAUGGCCUGUUGCAAAGCCAGUGCCACAAGACCCAUUUGAGCUUGCAAAGAUAGCUUUACAAAGAAUCACAAGUGUAGAUCUCCUCACCAAAAUUGAGGUUUAUCAGACUAAGAAUCUCAAAGAUUCGGUGGACAAAACAUGGAUAGUCAGUGCUCAGAGCCCUCUACAAAAGGAAAUCCUAGAACGCCUACCAUCGGACCAGCCCCUAUAUGUAGAAGGAGCUUUCAAAAUCUGGCUAAGACAGGCAUGUGUCCAAUAUUUCAUUUUGAGAGGUCAACCCAAACCUUACACUGAUCAUGAGACAAUGAUUGAAAAAGAUGAUGUUUCAAGACUAAAAACGCCCUUCAGUGAUGAGAAGACCACCUUCAAAAAUUUGGAGCGCCUCAGGACAGUCCAUGAGCAAGCUGAAGGCACGGUUAUUGCAAUUGCGGCUACCGGAUCCUCCAGCAAGGACUCGCUCUUAUCAUGGAUCAGAUUUCUGCAACAAGAAGAUCAAUCUUUGGGCAGGAUUCCUGUGCUAUUUUCUAUGACAUCGCCAUUUGGACAAGUUGUAAGUUUUGAAGAGGACACAGUUAAAAGAACUGUUGGUGUUGAAAAAUGAAUUUGACUGAUUCCAAUUUAAGAGAAAUAUUAUUCAUUCUGUGACUUAUUAAAAGAAGAAAACAUGAAAUCAGUACCUUAAAUUUUUGUUUCUACCUAAGUCAAUAAAAAAUAAAAAAAUAAAUGGUAGUUCAAUUGUAAUUGGGCUUUUCCCGUGAUUAUUUCAUUGGAAAAAAACAAAUGUCCUGUGCAUGAAUUUGUUAUUUUGAAUGAAACAUAAACAACUCAAAAAUUACAUGCAGGAAA